ACGGUUCGUUAUUUUGUGCGUUUCACCAGGUUUUAAAAUUGAUACAAACGAAAUAUAAAAAUUAAACAAAGUCGCGCGUGCGUUGUGCGAGUUGAAAUAUAAACGCAAAAUUGUGAAAUGAUGAGUGCUUAAAACUGCCAAAAACUAAAACAAACAAUCAGUGUUGUACAACACACACCUGACACUCAAAGAACAACAAUUUGAAACACCCUGUGGAUUAGUUUCAAUCAAAUUAAGCACAGCAACAACAACAAUCAAAAUGGUACGCAGCUUGGCACAGUGGACCAAAACGUUGAGUUUUCCCUCACGUCUGUCCCCCAAUCGCAAUUCGAAAGAUUGCUCCACAUUGGCCAAUCCGGUGCCGCCACCAACACCGCCGCGCAACAAAACCAAGGGACACAGCAAUUGUGCCACAUCGCGUUCCUCCUCAUCGACGGUGUCCUCAUCGCAUUCAUCGGCCGCUUCACACAAUUCGCCAUCGCCGGGCAACAACAACAAUAUUAACAAUAUGCCCAUAACGGAACUGGAACAGAUCAUCUAUCCCGGUCCGGAUCCGAAGCAGGCGAUAAUGGGUUCGCUGGUGUUUUGCAUACACCACAAGCAGGGCUGCAAGUGGUCGGAUGAGCUGCGCAAGCUGAAGGGUCAUCUGAACACAUGCAAGCACGAUGCCACACAGUGCCCCAACAAGUGUGGCGCACAGAUACCGCGCAUCAUGAUGACCGACCACUUGCAGUACACGUGCACCAUGCGCCGCACCCGCUGCGAGUUCUGCCAGAGUGAAUUCUCGGGCGCUGGCCUGGAGGAGCACAACGGUAGCUGUGGCCAGGAGCCGGUGUACUGCGAGGCCAAGUGUGGCCAACGAAUCCUGCGCGGACGAAUGACGCUGCACAAGUCGAAGGACUGUGCAAAACGUUUGCGUCGCUGCGCCCACUGUCAGCGUGAAUUCUGCGCGGACACUUUGCAGCUGCAUGCGGCCCAGUGUCCCCGCACUCCGCUCGCCUGUCCGCAACGCUGCGAUGCGGGUCUGAUUGCACGCGGGGAACUCGAGGCGCAUCUGCGCGACGAAUGCCAAUCGCUGGCCGUUGCCUGCAGCUUUAAGGAUGCCGGCUGCCGUUUCAAGGGUCCGCGCCAACUGCUCGAGGCCCAUCUGGAGAACAGUGCCGCCGCACAUCUGUCGCUGAUGGUUUCCCUGAGCACGCGACAGGGCCAACAGAUCCAGAUGCUCAAGUCGGCCGUGUCCAAGCUGUCGAUCAACUAUACGGGCACGUUGCUCUGGAAGAUCACCGACUGGUCGGCCAAAAUGAAUGAGGCACGCGGCAAAGAUGGCCUCGAGCUGGUCUCCCCACCAUUCUACACCUCACAGUAUGGCUACAAGCUGCAGGCAUCCAUGUUCCUCAAUGGCAAUGGACCCGGCGAGAAUACCCAUGUCUCUGUCUACAUUAAAGUGCUACCCGGUGAAUACGAUGCUCUGCUCAAAUGGCCAUUUUCGCACUCGAUCACAUUCACGCUGUUCGAACAGGGUGCUCAAAGCGGUCAAGGUGGUGUGGCCGAAUCCUUUGUGCCCGAUCCCACAUGGGAGAACUUUCAGCGGCCAUCGAAUGAGCCAGAUCAACUCGGUUUUGGGUUUCCACGGUUCAUCACGCACGAACUGCUCCACAGUCGGCCGUUCAUCAAGAGCGACACGGUCUUUCUGCGCGUCAAAGUGGAUCCCAGCAAGAUUGUCGCCGUCUAGAGAUGGAACACCCCAGGACAGUUCACUCGACUUUCGUAAAUACUGUGUAUUUGUGUGUCUGAGUGAAGAGAUAUAUAUCUACGAAAAAUCUAGACUGUAUUAUAAGUUAAGCGUCGGCUUCGGGCGUUGUUAGCCAUUGGGUUCUAACUGGCCUUUGAAUGCCGAUUGCCACGCCUACUGCGUAAUAGUCAUAUAGCUCAUAUACAUAUAUAUAUAUAUAUAUAUAUAUAUAUAGCUUUAGGUUUUUUGCAGUGCUGGAAUUAAACCAAAGCAUAUUUAACAUAACAUCCAAUCCAUCAACAAAACAAAACAAAAAACAAAAACGGAAACAAAAGUUAUUUUAGUAUUUAGUUGUAUAAUUUAGUUCGUGUCUUAAGUCUUUUGUUAUAGAGA